GUGUGCUAUGGCCUGGUUUGGACAGAGAUAACUAGCUUAAGAACUGAAACGCUAGCUUUUCUCACGCCUUGAAAAGAGUGGAGGAUAGAGGUGAAGUAAGAAAAUUCCCAAGUAGGAAAAAAAUCAUGGUAGCCGGGGAUAAAAACGAGGCAAGCUCAUUUUCCUUAUACUGUCUGACAAAAUGUUUUCAAAAACCAGUAACGUCCACCCUUGCAGAGAAGGGACAAGAUCAGCCGGAAGGAAUGCAUGGCAAGGGUUUGUCAGAUUCAAAGAAAGUAACACAGAAGAAGCCUGGAGGAUGGAAAUCCAUGCCUUUCAUCUUAGGAAAUGAAACAUUUGAGAGGUUAGCAACGUUUGGAUUGCUGGCCAAUUUUACAGUUUAUUUGGUGAAACAGCUUUCUCUGGAGCAGGUUGUGGCUGUAAACAUUAUGAAUAUCUGGUCGGGUAUUACUAAUUUUGCACCUCUGCUUGGUGCCUUUGUCUCCGAUGCCUAUGUCGGCAGAUUUAAAACUAUUGCUUUUUCCUCCUUUGCAUCUCUACUGGGAAUGAUGACGGUGACGUUAACCGCAUGGUUGCCACAGCUGCAUCCUCCGAAAUGCAACGCCGGACAACAAUCUCUCGGUCAAUGCAAAAGUGCUAGCAAAACUCAACUGGGUGUUCUCCUAAUGGGUCUUUGCUUUUUAUCAAUCGGCACCGGUGGAAUUAGGCCCUGCAGCAUUCCAUUUGGUGUCGAUCAGUUUGAUCCAACCACUGAAGAAGGUGUUAAAGGAAUUACUAGCUUCUUUAAUUGGUAUUACACUACAUUUACAGUGGUUAUUUUGUUCACUCUAACUGUGGUGGUUUAUAUUCAAACCUCGGUGAGUUGGGUAUUGGGAUUUGGAAUUCCUACCAUACUCAUGGUGUGUUCAAUCGUUCUAUUUUUCAUUGGAACAAAACUUUAUGUAUAUGUCGAACCAGAAGGCAGCAUCUUUUCAGGCAUUGCACAAGUGCUUGUUUCAGCCUAUAAGAAACGAAAACUUAAGGUUCCAGAAGGAGAGUUUGAUGAGAUUGAUUUCUACGAUCCUCCAUUAAAAGCCACAGUUUUGUCAAAGCUACCUCUCACCAACCAGUUCAGAUUCUUAAACAAAGCCGCUAUGAUAGUGGACGAUAAGGAACUUAAUAGUGAUGGAUCUCCCACUAAUCAUUGGAGGCUCUGCAGCAUCCAACAAGUAGAAGAAGUCAAGUGCCUAAUAAAGAUCAUCCCCAUAUGGGCUUCUGGAAUUAUUUGCUUCACUUCCAUUACACAACAAGGAACUUUCACCGUGUUACAAGCCUUGAAAAUGGACAGGCACCUUGGACCCAAUUUUCAAAUCCCUGCAGGCUCUAUCUCCAUCAUAUCCAUGCUGACUAUAGGAAUUUGGCUCCCAAUCUAUGAUCGCCUAAUAGUCCCAUCUCUCCGUAAAGUCACCAAACAUGAUGGAGGUAUCACUCUUCUGCAAAGAAUCGGAAUUGGGAUCGUAUUUUCAGUUCUAUCAAUGGUAGUCGCAGGACUAAUCGAAAAAGAGAGAAGGGCUGCAGCCAAUUCGCAUCCAAACCCACUUGGCAUUGCCCCCGUGUCUGUUAUGUGGCUAGCUCCUCAACUUAUACUAAUGGGAUUCUGUGAAGCGUUCAAUAUAAUCGGACAGAUUGAAUUCUUCAAUCAACAGUUCCCCGAUCACAUGAGAAGUAUAGCCAAUUCUCUUAUUUCCUGUUCCUUUGGAGGCGCAAGUUACUUGAGUAGCUUGCUGGUCACCGUAGUGCAUGCAGUCACGGGAAGCCAUAGCCACCCGGAUUGGUUGACUAAUGACAUUAAUGCAGGGAGAUUAGAUUAUUUCUACUAUGUUAUUGCCGGGAUGGGAGUCGUUAACUUUAUCUAUUUUCUCUACUGUGCACAUCGGUAUCGUUACAAAGGUAGUGUCCAAGUAGAGGAUCAAAAAACCUUCCAUGAUCUUGAGUUGGUUCAAUCAACCACGAAGUGAGAGAAAUUAAAUAUUAAAUAAUGUAGCUUGCAGCUAGUAAUAAUAUAUAGAAACGUUGGAGAAGAAUCUAAAUAGGAUAGUGUUUAUUUCAGUCGUUAUCUAUUUGUUUUAGCUCUUCUAUGAGACAUUGAAUAAGAGAUAUACAUAUGUAAAAAAGAUAUUUGCGCAAUAUAAUAUAUUGAGCUGCCUUUUAUGUCAA